AUGCUUGAAAAGCCUCACUAUACUGGUCAGAUUCAGUCAGAGGUGCAUAUCCUGCGAGUCUGUUUCCACAAUUUACAACCCCGGAACUCUGUGCGUGCUACCUUGGUGCUAGAGCCAUCGAAAUUACAAGAAGUAUUUGGAUUGACACAACGAUUACUUGAUAGUGAGUCGUCACUCGGCACUAUACCUGCGAUGAUGAUGUUACUUAGUAAAUCCGCCGGCAAAAUCUCUAUGCAACUCCAGGCGAUGACGCCCGACACAUUCAAGCACCCCGCAUUACAUUAG